AUGGUAAAAACAGAUAUAACGACGUAUCUGGUUUGUAUGGAGCAAAGAUAUUGUACACAAACGGAGCAAGCUGAGAUGGAAGUCGCAUGGAGCACGGUCCAUUUUAAUUUAGAUGGUGUGGAAUACAAUCAAGACUAUUGUACAUCUAGAUCAUAUUCUCAAUCGGAUAGUAGAUUAAUAUUAAUUUUGGUGUGUAAGACAUUUAAUGACAUAUGUACGGAGCAAAUUAACAAGGGCAGACAAGUGAACCUGAUGCUGGAUAAUAGCCCAGCAAGUAGUGAUAUAAAUGGAUUAAAACUACAGUCGGCUAAUAUGUGCCUUGAUAAAAUGAAAGGUGCUUGUGGCAAGUGGCCCGACUAUAAUCGUGGUGAUGAUUAUUACUGUUGCCUAUUAUACGAUAUGACCGAUUGCUAUCAAUAUAAUUACAAGAGUUAUUGUACAACAAUGGAGCAAGCUGAAUUGGAAUGGGCAUGGAGCACGAUCUAUUUUAACUUAGAUGAUCUUAUUCUCAAUCAGAUAGCAGAUCCCAAACGUGACUCAUCAAUUGCCCUGAUGCUCGGCAAUGACCUUAAUGGCAUGAGAUUGAAAGACCCGCAAGACUGCCUAGAUAAAAUGGGUAGCCGUUGUGCCACAACAGCCCUGUACCACAAAGGAGAUAGAUAUUAUUGCUGUAAAUUGUUUAACAUGAUUGACUGCUAUCGACAUAAUUACAAGAAUUACUGUACCAAGUGGGAACAAUUGGAAAUGAUCUGGGACACAGUGUACUUUGAUAUGAAUAGCAAACGUUAUGAUGCGCCCAAUUGCCGUGAUAUGGGUUUUAAUCCGUCGGACAACCGGGCAGUUUGCGGUGCCAAUGCCCUGGUGUGUUUUUGCGGGAAGUCUGCCGACCAA